UGUGUUUGAUCCUCCUGGUAAAUGGUGACAAGGGAUAGUUUAUCCAUUCAAUUGGGUAUUUUUUUGAGACUAACCAAUCAUACACCCUCUGGUUGUGUAAUCAGGAAAUGAUCAAGCUUUGUGUUGUUUUUCCCAGUUUAUGAACAGGAUUAGUUUCCCCCCUCAGAGUGUUUCAUUCCCAGUCCCUGAUUGGAACAGGGAGAGUGGAUUCCCAGAAUGUUGCUGAUCCUUUUCUCCAUCUCCCUGUGUUUUUCCUGGGUCUCUCCCGACACUAACUCACUGACUGUAAUAUACACGGCAAUCUCCAGCAUUCAGGAUUUUCCCGAGGUUACCAAUGUUGCCUUGGUCAACGGAGUUCAACUAAAUUACCACGACACUAAUAUUAUGCGGAUGAUCCCCAGGCAGCAGUUCAUGGCAGAAUCUUUCAGUGUGGAAUAUUGGGAAUAUCUCACAGGUCUCGGGAAUACACGGUCAGAUAUGGCGAAGGAGAAUCUGAACACAAUGAUGAAAAGCACAAACCAGACAUCCGGAAUCCACAUUUUCCAAUGGAUAAUGAAUGUUGAGGUCACUGAAGACGGCUCCAUGAAGAGAUCGAUGCGAGUUGGAUUUGAUGGAAACGACUAUAUUAGUUUAGAGCCAGACAGAAUGAGUUGGGUCGCAUCCAAUCAGAAUGCAGUGAGGAUUAAAGACAAAUGGAAUUCGGAUCAAUCCUGGAAUGAAUAUUGGAAAAAGCAUUUGCAGCAAGGAUUUGUUCAGGAUUUAAAAGAAUGUUCACAAGCUGGAAAGGAAUAUUUUGAAAGGAAAGUUCAGCCUGAAGUGUUCAUCUCCAGAAGUGACCCCAGUAGUCAGUACAAGCUGCUCACUCUCUCCUGCCUGGUUACUGGGUUUUAUCCUGUAGACAUCGAGGUGAGCUGGCUAAGGAAUGGAGAGGUAAUGUCUGAGACACUAUCCUCGGGGGUUCGACCCAACCACAAUGGGACCCAUCAGAUCCAGAAAGAGAUUGAAAUAAAUGCUGGGGAUGAGGAUCAAUACUCCUGUCAAAUUGAACACAGCAGCCUGGCAGAGAGCAAGCUCUAUCAGUGGGAAAUCCCAGAAAAGAGUGGACAACUCCUGCAUCCUGGAAUUGUAUCAGGAUUAGUGAGCGCUGGAAUUUUUAUACUCGGGAUAAUUGGAGUGUUCAUUUGCAAAAGACAUCGGAGAGAUUCACCAAGUGUGACCUACACGACAGCUCAGACUUCUGAUCUCUCCGUUCAAGAACCUUCCUGAUUCAGACAUUCCCAGAGCCUCAUUGAUGAAUAACUGGAUUUGCCUGUUCUAGUGUGAACAUGGACAUCAUCGUCCAUCCUUCCAUAUCACAGCAGACAGACAGAAUCACAGCUCAUUGUUUACACUGAGUGCUUUGAUGAUGGAGAUCUAUUUUUCCUGGGAAUGUGCUUCCACAGAUUGAACAGUGGAUCCUGGAUCCACCAGGUUGGGAUCCUGAUUCUUCAAUUGAGACUUUCUCAAGUAGUGUUUCUAUCCAGUAUCCACAAUAUGACGGCUCUCACAGUCGAAGGGAACUUCAGGGAUGAUUUUCCAUCACACUUUCUUAUCUUCAACAACUUACUCAGGUUGAGUGAUUGACCUGAACAGAGUAAAUGUCAUGAGGCAACUGAGAGAGACACAUUUUAUAUUGAUAGAAGCUGAUCUAUUUUGCACUUUAUGUAAUGUCAAAUUUACACUGUUAUAAAAUGUACAUGUAUAAAUUGUAUUACUAAAAUAUAUUUACGGAGAUGAAAAUCAUUUAUAUCCUCAAUGUUUCACUAAAAGUGCUGAUAGUUGUGGUUUGUUGUCAAUAAAUAAUUGUCAGUA